AAGGCGCCUGCGCUGCCAUGUCCGGGCGGCCGUGGGGCGCCCCGGGCGCGACCUUGCGGGUCAAUGGCAGCGCGCUCAAUGCCUCGCAGCCCGCGGCCGGAGGGGAGGGCGCGCGGCCAAGACCCCCGUGGCUGACCUGCACGCUCGCCUUCAUCCUCAUCUUCACCAUCGUGGUGGACAUCCUCGGAAACAUGCUGGUCAUCUUGUCCGUGUAUCGCAACAAGAAGCUGAGGAACGCAGGAAACAUAUUUGUGGUAAGCCUAGCAGUUGCAGACCUGGUAGUGGCUGUUUAUCCUUACCCGUUGGUGCUAACAUCUAUAUUUAACAAUGGAUGGAACCUGGGAUAUCUGCACUGCCAAAUUAGUGGCUUCCUGAUGGGCUUGAGUGUCAUUGGUUCAAUAUUCAACAUUACUGGAAUCGCUAUUAACCGCUACUGCUACAUCUGCCACAGUGCCAAAUAUGACCAGCUGUACAGCAACAAGAAUUCCCUCUGCUACGUGUUCCUGAUAUGGUUGUUGACCCUUGUGGCAAUUGUGCCCAAUUUGCAUAUUGGAUCCCUGCAAUAUGACCCAAGGAUCUAUUCAUGUACAUUUGCACAGUCUGUCAGUUCGGCAUACACAAUAGCUGUGGUGGUUUUCCACUUCAUAAUUCCUAUGAUCAUAGUCAUCUUCUGCUACCUAAGAAUAUGGAUCCUGUUUCUUCAGGUCAGAUGGAAGGUAAAACCUGAAAACAAACCCAAACUGAAACCACAGGACUUUAGGAACUUUGUCUCCAUGUUUGCGGUUUUCGUACUUUUUGCCAUUUGCUGGGCUCCGUUGAAUUUUAUUGGUCUUGCUGUGGCCUCAGAUCCUACCAGCCUGGUACCCAGGAUCCCAGAGUGGCUGUUUGUGGCCAGUUAUUAUAUGGCAUAUUUCAACAGCUGUCUCAAUGCAAUUAUAUAUGGACUUCUGAAUCAGAAUUUCAGGAAGGAAUACAGAAGAAUUAUAGUCUCACUAUGCACAGCUAAAAUGGUCUUUGUAGACAGCUCUAAUGAUAUAGAAGAUAGGAUUAAAUGCAAACCCUCUCCAUUAGUGACCAACAAUAAUCAAGUGAAAGUAGACUCUGUUUAAACAAAGUAAAGCAUGUGGUAAAUAUACAAUGGAAUACUACUCAGCUGUAACAAAUAAUGAAAUCUUGUUUGCUACAGACUGGCUGGAUCUGGAAGGAAUUAUGUUAAAUAGAAUAAGACAGAAGGAGAACAAAUACUGGCAACCUCACUCAUAAGUGGAGUUGACACCUCCGAUGGACUGCGGUCUGUCACUGCAGACCCUGGGACUCAGAGGGCAGGGGAGGGUUUGUCUUGGGGAGAGAGUACUGAGGAUCCAGUGCUUUGUGGUAGAGGAGAAUGAUAGUUUGGUGAAGGGGAAGGUAUGUUGACAGUUAUCUUGGGGAAAUGCAAAACUAUAGCCUUGUGACAAUAAUCCUCCAAGUUAGUAUUUCUUCAUUAAAGUGAUAUUAAAAAUGUCAAAGCAUUAAGAGUAAGCUAUCUGCACACUUGUGGACAAAAGAUAACCCCUUGUUGUUGGGAAUACAAAUUGGCACAAUCAUUAUGGAGAGCAAUAGGGAGAAUUCUCAAAAAAAAAAUAAAAAUUAGAAAUCCUAUAUGAUCUAGUGUCUCACUUCUUAGUAUUUACUUCACAUAUCUAUUGACUUGUUUAAAGUAAUAUAUGCAACCCUUCCAUGGUCCCAUCAUUAUUACAGGGUUAUUUACAUUUGACAAGAGUUGAAAACAACUUAAUUACCCACAAGUGGACAAUUGGAUCAAGAAUAUAUAGUAUAUAUACAUAG